AAAAAGAACAAAGCUGACAACCAUUACGAGCACCAAUAAAAGACAGACAAGCCAAAACAAACAUGAAUCAUCAAAUAUUAGAAGCACAAAAAAACAUAACUGUAGAUAUUGGCGAUUAAACCAACAGGACAACACAGUGACUGUAUCACCAUGCAGGUUAGUAAAUGCGAGUGCAAAAUAUUUAUGAAUAGUGUUCAGGGUGAUUGUGCAAGUGUGACGCGGAUCAGAGGAAGAACAGCCUCAAGAUGUGGGAGACCAGCAGCUGCUCCAAACCCUCCUGGAUGGCCACCUAUGAGACAGAUAUGAGAUCUGAUAUGAGACAGGGUGAGGCAAGGUGACAGCAAGACACUACUUCUUGGACUUUGGGAUCAUUACUGUCUGGCUAGCUAUAUAAGCUUCAAAGCCGCACUAGUUGAACACAAGCACAACCAAGUGGACUUACAGAUACACUUGCUAACUCAGGGUCUAGGAGCCAUGAAGGUCCUUGCUGUGCUCGUGCUUGCCGUUUUCACUGGCUGCAAUGCCAACCUUUUCUAUGCCGAUGCACCCAAGCCACAGAUGGAAGUGGUGACAGAGGCUUUUUGGGACUAUGUUGGCAAAGCUACCCAGACAGCUGAUGACACCCUCCAGAUGAUCAGGAAGUCUCAGUUUGGACGGGACGUCAGUGUCCGUAUAACAGAAAGUACUGAAUUGGCCAGCAAGUACGCCGUCACCCUGCAGGAGCAGCUUCCCCCUGCAGCCCAGGAAAUGAUCACCAAAGUCACCACAGAGGCCGAGGUGUUGAGAGAACGUGUGACCCAGGAGCUGAACACAGCCAGGGAGAAGCUGGAGCCCUACACUGAAAGCUUGAAGACUCAGAUCCAGCAGAGGGUGGAGCAGCUUAAACAGGAGCUGGCCCCCUAUGCCGACUCCCUUGACUCCGAGUCCCUGAGGACCACCCUUAUACAGAAGAGUGAGGAGCUGAAGGCCAGCCUGGAGCAGAGUGUGAAGAAUCUGGAAGUUCAGCUGGGGCCCUACACUGAUAACCUGAAGCAGAAGGUGGACCAGCAUUUGGAGGAAUUCAAGGAGAAAAUGGCCCCCAUCACAGAAAGAGUUCAGACCGAGCUCACACAAAGAGCUCAGCAGGUGAAAGAAUUGGCCACCCCCUACGUUGAUGAGCUGAGGGAGAAGCUGGACCCCUAUGCCCAGGACCUCCAGGCCCGCCUCACCUCUCUCUAUGAGUCCUUUGUUAAAACCAACUAAGUAAACCUCCAGUUAAUACUGAACAAAAAGGACUUGGAUUUAAUGAAACAGAAUUGUCAGAUCUCUGAUCUUAAGAACAUGCCCACGCUGAUACAGCAACACUAAUUUACAAGUUUUGAAAGUUGAAGAUGUUUUCAGAUAUAUUUUCAUUGUCAAAAGAAAGUUGAUACAUAACAAAUAUGUGCUGGUCUGUGACCACACGCUAUGUUCUCUUCCUGUUUUAUGGAAAAUAAAGUUAAAGCAAAACCA